CGAUUCUCGGCGGGGGCUCUGCUCUGUUCUCUGCCGGCCACGAUGGAGGAAGAAGCUGGAGUGCUGAAGGAGGGCUUCCUCGUCAAACGGGGACAUGUUGUUCGUAACUGGAAAGUGAGAUGGUUCGUUCUGCUUCAGGAUAAGCUGCUCUAUUACAAAAUUGAAGGAGGCAAGAAGGAGCCUUCUCCAAAGGGCAGGAUCCUUUUGGAUGGCUGCACUAUUACUUGUCCAUGCCUGGAAUACGAGAACAGACCGCUACUCAUCAAACUAAAGACAAAAACCAAUACAGACUAUUUCCUUGAAUGUUGCUCCAGGGAGGAACGUGACUCUUGGGCUUUGGACAUCACUGGAGCUAUUCAUGCUGGUCAUCCAGUACAGGUACAAGAACUUCACAGAAUGAAGAACUCUUUCAAACUGCUAGAAAAUAUCAGCCUCCACAAUAUAGUGGAGAGGAUGUAUGACAGCAGCACUGGAAUUAAGCUGACGCGCAAUUUGGAUCAAGGCAACAGAUACAAAGAGACCUUCACAGGUUCUGCCCUGGUGGACUGGCUCAUCUCCAACAGCUUUGCUGUGUCACGAUUCGAGGCCGUCACCUUGGCGUCCAUGCUGAUGGACGAGAACUUCAUCAGGCCCGUGGGAGUCCGCAGCACCGAGGCCACGCGCUCCAGCGACCCCUCUGAGAAGUUCCUCGAUGACUCCACUGCGCUCUACAUGUUUGCUGAGAGCAGUAAGAAAAAUACUAGUUCCAAGGAAGAGGUCCAUUUUAACAUCUCUGAAUUAAGUGGCACAAUUGUGAAGCAAGGAUUCUUAGUGAAACAGGGGCACAAGAGGAAAAACUGGAAGGUGAGAAAAUUUGUUUUGAGAGCUGAUCCUGCUUUUUUACACUACUAUGAUCCCACCAAGGAAGAUAACAAGCCAGUAGGUGGAUUCUCUCUUCGUGGCUGUCUUGUCUCAGCUCUGGAGGACAAUGGAGUCCCAGCAGGAGUGAAGGGCAAUGUGCAAGGCAACCUUUUCAAAAUCAUCACCAAAAAUGACAUUCAUUAUUACAUCCAGGCCAGCUCCAAGGCCGAGCGAGUGCAGUGGAUUGAGGCAAUCAAACCACUGACAUGAGUAAUGUGGACUCCAUGCCAAAUGAGUCCACAUUUCACAGCUGCUUUGAUCACCUGAUAUAACUUCAGUUUAUUUUUAUAUGUUCUAAAGAACUUAAAACCACAUUUAUGACCAACUUCCUGCUCUCGUUGUCCGGGAGUGUUGUUUUUCCCUGGAUAGUCAAUGUUCAUUAUUUGAAUCACCAUAACAUCUACCAGGUCCUGGCAGACCAUGCAGACCAAAUCAAGUAGAUCCAGAAUAAUACCCCACCUUGAAUUUGUCAUCUAACCAAGAGACCAAAACAGGUGGGUACAGACAAAUGGGGCUUCAUGAAGAAAUGUCGAGAUAUUCCAAGAUGGAAGAAAAGGAUCUUUUGUACAAGUAUUCAGUCUAUGUCUGACAGAUCCAGGUUGUGCU